AUGGCUCUGGAGGAUUUUGAGAGCUCUUUCGAGCGGCAAUUGGAUCUGACUGAUCGGGAACGAGUUGGGGUGGUGAUCGGCAGUGCGGCAGUGUCAGACUGCUUUGUUGGGUUUCCAUAUAGUCUGGUGGCUAAGAUUGUAUCGCAGCAAGAAGUUCACCGUGAUAAUUUUAUUAAGACUUUUACCAGCCUGUGGAAAGGCUCUGACGAGGUUUCGAUCAAGGAGAUAGCCCACAAUCGAUUUUGGGUUCGAUUUGUUUGUGAUCGGUACCGCCAAAGGGUUCUUGACAUGGAGCCUUGGACAUUUCGACAGUCAAUGAUUUUAUUGGCUGCGGUGGCUGAGGAGGACUGUAUUCAUACGAUGAUGCUCACCCAUGGCACUUUCUGGCUCCAGAUACAUGGGGUCCCAGGUUUCUAUAUCACGGUGGCUGUUGCCAACGUUAUUGGAUCGACGGUGGGUGAGAUACUACGGGUGGACAAUAGGGAUGGGCAAGACUGUGUUGGUCAUUUUAUUCGUGUCCGGGUUCGGUUAGAUGUCCGUCUGCCCUUGAUGAGAAGGACUCCAAUCACUUUUCCGGAAGUGGGGGAGAAGAUCAUAGAGUUUCGCUAUGAGUAUCUCCCAGAAUAUUGUUUUGCUUAUGGUUGCUUGGGGCAUCCCACCCAAGACUGUGUGAAGAAACAUGAGGCUUUAAGAGGCAAACUUAACCCCAAGGACCUUGCUAUUUUCACCUCUGCUUUUGAGGGUCUAGAAGGAGUCAUCAAUUUGUGGAGGAAAUCGAUUGGGUCGUCGGCAAGGCGCCUCUUCUCUCAACAGCAUGGCUCAUCACAUACGGAGAGAAAGAAUGGUGGGGAAUGGUCCGGUGGGCAUUCCUGGCGUGCGUCUCAUAAUGACUCUAAGGAAGCCAUGGACACGACCUCUCCUUUUAAACUGCGUCAACGACAUGAGGCUUUUCCGUCCAGCCCCGGGGAAGUCAACUCGGUUGUCAAGAGUACCCCUUCAGCACUUGAUCAGCGGGGCACAAGUACGGUGGUCCCUGUGGCGGGCAUACCUUCUGUUUUGAUGGAUCCCUCUUGGAUUGUACAAGCAUCUGUUGGCCCCUUUGGGGGAGACACGAAUGAGGUCAUUGCACAAACUAGUGACCCAUGUAACUUUAUGCCCAUAAUUGAGAAAACAGCACAUAAGGUUACGGGUCGCGGACGUGGGAGGCCAAGGCGGGUGGCAGAGCCCAUCGAAUCUGGUAUACAAGGGGUCUCUGCGCCUUAUCUCAAAAGAAAGCAUCUGGCAAAUCACCUGGGUGUGGACGGUAGCGAGCAUGAAGUUAAUGGUGCUCUCGGAAAACGACGACUAUGUGAUAAUAUGCCUACUAUACAGGCGGAGGAGACCAGCCUUGAGGGGUCUCCCCGGUCUCAAUUACAGAUGGGAAAAUUACAUACAAGGUUAGGUGUUGGUGGGGUGGUUUGUGUUCCCCGUGUUGGUUGGGUGCGGGUAGGGCUCCAGGUUGAUCUACUCUCUUCCUCUCCAGGACAUAUAGAUGUUCGGGUUACUGUGAAUACUUCUGAGACUUUUCGUGUGACUGGUUUUUAUGGUCAUCCUGACCAAACCCAGCGCCAUCAUUCAUGGGAGCUACUAUGGAAUUUGGGUAGAGUGGGUCUUGGACCCUGGCUAUGUUGUGGGGAUUUCAAUGAAGUAAUGGAAUGCAAUGAAAAGAGUGGGAGCCGGUUGAGACGUGAUGUGCAGAUGGAGGACUUUAAACAGGCCAUUACAGAUUGUUGUUUGUUUCAGUUUGAGUUUAUAGGUUAUCCAUUUACUUGGAGCAAUAAACGGAAGGAUACAGCUCAUGUGGAGGCUCGAUUGGAUAGAGGUUUUGGAAACCUGGCACUUCUGCAACACUGGGGCAAUUUCAUGUCCCAUCAUUUAGUUGCUUUCUCCUCUGACCACCAUCCGAUUCUCAUUGCAUCUGACGGUCCACAGGGUGACAAUGCUAGAGGUCCUAGAGGUCGUCGUCGGUUUCAGUUUGAGGAGGCAUGGACUACGAAAUUUGACUGUGAUGAGGUUGUUCGUCAAUCUUGGCAGAGUGCAGUGUCACCCCUCUCUAAUAUUGCCAACUGUGCCAGCAACUUGUCACGCUGGUGUGCCAGGAAGGGUGGCCAGGUCCCCAAGAAAGUUAAGGACUUACGGCUUAGACUAGCAAGUCUCCAAUCAUAA